UGACGGCACCAUGUAAUGGAUUGUUAGAUGUGAUGUUUGUCUACUGAAUUUCUCCCAAAAAGUAUGAAGAGCAAAUCGUGAUUACUAUAAAGUCGAUGUCUUUUGUCAUUUACCCGCCAAUACUCUCAUGACGAGAUUCUUCAAGACCGACCAUAGAUUGUUCCAUCGGAUCAUUAGGUACACAAGACCAUUCCACGGUCUAGCUAAAACCCAAAACGCUGAGAUCUCUAGACCAGGUUUGGUUGAUCCAAGCUCGCACCCAUGGCCCGAGUGGCUAGAUUUAAUUGGGAUGCUAGCGAAAAAAGGUUACUUCGUAGAAAGCAGCGGGAAUCCAUUGAUGAGUUCUAAGGAAUCGAAUCAUAUUCGUACUGCUUGUCUCAAUUUUGCCCGCCAUCGUUUCACUCUCGUCAGAUACUUGUCAAAGAAAGAUAUCAAAGUGAUUGCUGGCUGUGGAUGUCCUAGCACUGACAGGAAGGUCGUGAACUCGGGAAAGCGUUUAAGAGCUUAUGUGGGCAUUGAUGAAGGAAAUGUGUGUGGCUCUUGCAACUUGAGAGGGAAAUGUGAAAGGGCGUAUGCACAAGCACGAGAUGAUGAAGGUGUUCGGACUAUAGAUGUCAUGCGUAUACUUUUAACUUACGGGCUUGAUUCCAUUUCUCCUACUGUUGAGAAUCGUGCCUGUCAAACCAAACUUGUUGAAGAUUCUGUGAGGAAGUUGCUUAGAGAAAGUGUCGCCUAUAGCUUAAAAGAUUUUGAAUCUUCUGAGACUCAGACAGCUGGAGAUGAGCUCCAGCCAAAUUCACAGGACUGUGAGGAGAGAGAUCCAAGAAAAAGGCCAGGGGAUUGGCAUUGUACAGAAUGCAAGUUCCUAAAUUUUGCUAAAAACAUAAGAUGCUUGCGAUGUGAUGUGUUUUCUGAGGAAAGGCUGAAACACUUGAAGGAAGAACAGAAAGAUCAUCUCCCACUGAAGAAAGGAGAUUGGAUUUGUCAAACAUGCAAUUUCCUUAAUUUUUCGAAAAACACAAGAUGCUUAAGGUGCAAAGACAAGCCUACAUCGCGUCAAAUCAAUCCGGGAGAGUGGGAAUGCGAGUCGUGCAAUUACAUCAAUUUCAGAAGAAACGCAGUAUGUUUGAAGUGUGAUCACAAGAGACAAAAGGCUUCAAAUGUCAUACCGGAUUCAAAAAUGGGUAGUGAUCGUCACAAUGGAGUUACAAAGACGUGGAGUUUUGUAGAAGAAGGAGAAGAAGAAGAACAGAAGGAAGAAAAAGAAGAAGAAGAUGGCUUCAUGAGAUUUCCAGUGGAAGGAGGGAGAAGUCAUGUUUCAAAGAGCGCAGAAAAGAGAGAGCAAUGGAAGUUGGAGAUGACAGAGAGGAUUAGAAGCAAUGGGACUGAAGCGAAAAAAGAUGAUGAUACGAAGAAGAAGAACGAAAAAGAGUCAAGAUGUUAUGAUCGGAGAAGAAAUGAGCUUCUUGGUAACAUUAGUGAUGAUGGAGAGAUGGAUGAUUGGUUUAUUUCAAAACAAGAUAGAUCGACUUUUAAUCUAUAAUCUAAUUGGACAUGAAACCACCUCUGUUUUGUUCUUCUAUUUAUUUAUUAGUUUAUUCGGACAUUUUGUGGUAAAACUUGAAAACAUUGGAUGCAAAUGCUAAAGAACGAAGCAAAGAACCACCA